CAAAUUAACAAAAGGAAAAUACGAACCACUGCACAUGGGAUGAGAAAAUGUUAAUGAUUAAAUUUAACAUAAAACUCUUAAAGUUAAUUUGACAUUUACAGCUGUCUUAGUCCUCUAUUAUUUCCUUUUCUAAAUGUAACAUUGCAAGAAAACGGAAACUCAUUCCUUGUUAAAUACCCCACUACUCAUGCAACGCAACAACACAAAUUUAAAGAAACAUAGCACUGACUAUUCCUACAAGUUACGCCUCUGUUUAAAGUUCGACAUUGUCUUUCUCUUUGCUUCCUUCACAAUCCAACUCGGCUAUGUUUCUAGUAUCCUCUGCUAUUCCAAUGGACGUUGCAAAGUCAGAGACUUUAAACACAACAACCGACUCUUACUUACCUGUCAAGAAACGUAUGAGACUUAACGAACCACCCACCACCGACAAAGCACCAGUUUCCGCAUCAGACAAGACAAAGUACAAGGGAGUUGUUCAGCAUCAAAACGGUCACUGGGGUGCUCAGAUUUACGUAGACCACAAACGUAUAUGGCUCGGUACUUUCAAAUCAGCUGCUGAAGCCGCCAUGUCUUAUGACAGUGCAUCCAUCAAGCUUCGAGCUUUCGACGCAAACUCGCAAAGAAACUUCCCUUGGUCUGAUUUAACGGUCCACGAACCGGUGUUUCAAAAAGGCUACACAACAGAAGCUGUCCUGAACAUGAUCAAAGACGGCUCUUACCAACGCGAGUUCAAAGAGUUUCUCAAAAACCGUUCUCAGAUUGUAUCAAAACAGAACCGAAGAGAUGAAGAAUCCAACAAGUGCUUCUCAUGCACGCAGCUUUUUCAGAAGGAACUGACAGCGAGCGACGUAGGGAAACUCAACAGGCUUGUGAUACCGAAGAAGUAUGCGGUGAAGUAUUUGCCUUUCAUAAGCGAAAGAGAAGAGGGUGAAAUAGUAGAAGAUGUUGAGGUUUUGUUUUAUGACAGAGAGAUGAGACCAUGGAAGUUUAGGUAUUGUUACUGGACUAGUAGCCAGAGCUUUGUCCUUACAAGAGGAUGGAUUGGUUUCGUUAAGGAGAAGAGACUCAAGGAGAAAGAUUUGGUCACUUUUUACACUUGUGAUGUUCCUACAUUAGAAGGUCAGAGCAAAAAGUUCUUGAUGAUCGAUGUUCAUUACUUUUCAGACAACAACUCAGCGGUCACUGAUGAGGAAGUAAACAAGACAGUUCAUAAUAACAGUUCUGAUGAUGUAAUGAAACCAGAGAUUAACUCGAAGUUAGGAGGUGAAGAAGAAGCCAAACCAGAGGAGAACAAAGGAGGUUUUAUGUUGUUUGGUGUUAGGAUCCAAUAG